AGUGUAGAAAGUGCAAACAAAGUAAAUGGACUUAAAUUUUCCGUAUUGAUAUAAGUGUUUAUACAAGCAAGAAAAUAUCUGACAGCUUUUUUUUAAGGCAUAAUAUAUUAUGUACAGUAUUCGGUAUAAAUUACUUAGUGAAUAGUGCAAAUCGUAAUAAAAAGAGACUUAUCGUACAUCUGCAGAAAUGGAGAUAGAUGAAUGUUCAGCUGGUGAAGAUAGCGGAGCAGAGGAAGAGGAAGAUGAAGCUUCGACGCAUGAUUCUAGAACUGAUAGUAGCAGUAGUAGUAUGAGCGGCAGUAGUUCAACGACAGACAGUGAGGAUGAUAGUGCGGAUCAUGCUACGAGCAGUAGUGAAAGUCAUAAUUCUGCAGAGGAAGACGAAGAUGAGAAUGAAAAUACAGAGUAUAUGAUAAAUAUAGAGCCCUCUCACGCUUUGAGAUGGGAAACUUGCGUUGCUGCCAAUACUAAAGUAAAAUUACCACAGGAUUUUUGUGAAUAUUAUAUUUUUAAGGAAAUGCUAGAUUAUCCACGUUUUUGGAAUGAAUAUCUUACUGAAAGUCAAAGAGAAACAUUAUAUAAUCUUUUACCUACUUUCCCGAAAGAUUGCAAUGUAGAGGCACAAAUGGAAAAAUCAUUACAAAUGCUAUUUAAUAGAGAAAAUAACAGAUUUGGCAUAGCAGCACUGGAUGCGUUUCACAAUCAUCUUUCUGCUGGUCACUAUCGCCCUGAUAUCAAAAGAAUACGCAGUUUAGUUUGCAGAGCGCAGGAAAGAAGGUUACUAUUUGAGGAACAGAAACGUUCGUACGAAUUAGCAAAGCAACUGCUCAAGUCGCGGGAAAGUCUACUGUCAAGUGCAUAUAAACAAGGUUUCAGUCAACCCUCGAAUCGGACGAUGUCUAAAUUUCACUGGCGCAAACCAAAGCCAGUGAUGGUUGAAGAGAAGACUCAGCUGCGCUAUAUGGAGGAGCUGAACGCAGUUCGAGCGGAGCUUGGGACCGACACAAGACUGUCCGCCGACACGACGUCCGAGAAUGAGGAAAAUUAUCCGUAUUAUCAGACGUCCGGGGCUAAGCAGAAGAGAAAACGGCGGUCCACCAUGAACUUUCAAGGCUUGUUGGUUAAAGGCCUACAGCUCAACCACGAGGACGAGACGAUUCGACCUGUAUUUUCCACUCUGCAGCGAAUGGAAUAUGCCCCGAGCAGAUCGCUGUUCGUACGCGAACAGACGGAAGAGACUUAUCGCGCCAUGUUAAUUGCGCAUAAAAAACGACGAAUGCGUCGCGAUAUUCAUCCGGAAUUGAACACUCAAGGAAUCGCGCUUGCCGAUCUUACACAAAGAUCGCAAAUUGGUCAAAAGCACAAGUUUUCGGUUGGUAAUUUCAUGAAAGUUACAUCUGCCAAGAAGAAAAUCAAAUUAGAACAAAAUUCGUUGUGUCCACCUACAUUAAAGUUCCCGAAUUCCAAUUCUGUGAAACUUGAAAGUGACAAUAGUGAUUAUUCUCACACAACAGAUGAUAAUAGACAGCUUAAUGUCGUGGAAAUGGAUUACAAUAGAAUGUCAACACCUAUAAAAUCAGAACCACUUGAUACAUAUGAUACACAUCAAAUGAUUAAAAAGAAAAUAAGUCCAGUGUUUCCAAAAAAUAACAAAUCGGUAAUAAUUAAUAGUCAACCGCUAGAAAUAAAGAAGGAAGUUGAAGAUAUGGAAUACGACGAAGUGAAAACGGAAUUAAAUUCGGUGGUGAAUGAAGACAUACUAGCUGAAACUGAAGAGGAGGAAGAAAGUGAAUCAAAGAAAGAGCUUGAUUUAGAUAGUAUUGAUAUGAUACAGUUACCUAUUCAAUUGGAUGAUGGAAUUGAUAUACUCAAUGAUGUCAAGUGCGAAAACGAGAGCGUCAUUUCGAUACCGGAAAAGGAAGUGAUUGUACCACCGAGUGAAAAUACCAUAGAUAAUAAUGGAGCGGAAUUAAUGCAAGAAACACAUGCAUGUUUCUUCUCCCUAUUGCGAGAUGCCUUCAUGUCUAAGGGUGAAUAUCGCAUGAGUGCAGCAGAGAUGAAGGAGGCAGUGACGCAGUGGCAAAACAAUCCUAUUUCACCCUUGAAUGACUGGUAUUCUAUGGUACCUUCAUGGCCUGUAUUAGUACCACUAGCUCUAGGAUUUCUUGCUGGCGAAUUGACAUAUUCUCAAGAAUUGGAUCAACGACAAGAACGAGACCAAGAGCUUGUACCCUAUCUGGAAAAUAAAGGUCGAGGUGUAUAUGCAUGGAUUGGUGCAGGACGAGACUCUGAUACUCGAUUGCAAGAUUUGUGUUCAAAAUUUCUCAUGUAUAAGGAUGUAUUGAUACCACCGAACACUUCGACUACUACUGCUGUAACAAUUACAAAACCACAGCAGACUCAGCUUAGCUCAGCUUUAAGCAAUAGCGCGAAUAAUAACGCGAGCACAAGUGGAAGCUCGCAGAGCGGUAGAAGCGGAAGUCCCGCAUUGGAAUCUACCAGCAUAGAUGCCGGAGCCACUGGAACCGACUCGGAGCCACCUCGGCCAUUAUUUCCUACAGAGUGGAAAGUUCGUCCGUCCACGCCGGAGGAACGCGAGGAAUUUCGAAGACAAGAACGUAUGCGUUAUGCCGCACCUCAUAAGGCGUUUACUUAUCGUAUGCACGGCUAUGCGUCCGUAGUCGGGCCAGUGAAAGGAAUUUAUCAGCAUAACAUAGCUUCAGGACAAUCUAAAGCGCGAGAACAUACAUUGCUGGUGCAGGAUCGUCCAAACUACGUAACGAUUUUAGCAUUAGUUAGGGAUGCUACCGCUCGACUUCCUAAUGGUGAAGGAACUCGAGCUGAUAUUUGUCAGUUACUAAAGGAUUCACAGUACCUCAAAGUACAAGACAAUGAUGAAAAAGAAGGAUAUCUUCAUUCUGUGGUGUCAGGAGCCCUCGAUAGACUGCAUUAUGAAACAGAUCCUUGCGUCAGAUAUUAUCCUCGUCGAAAAGAGUGGCUUUAUCUUCAUCGAGGGCGGUCCGAAUCUGAAUUUGAAAUGGUUCAUCAGCAAUUGCAAGGGAUUGCAAAAAAUAAAAAAAGCGUUGGUAGCACCGCACGAAACAAAGCAUUACAACCAAUUCUGAAAUCAUCAAAUGUAAACAAGGAACAAAGUCCAAACACUAAGGAAGUUGUCAAAAAAGAAAGGCGGACAGCGGCUAUACCCGCGCAAUCUAUCGUAUCUAAGAAAGAACAGCGUAAAACUGAAAAUAAGGCUGCUAGUGAACAUUCCAGCUCCACUGAACCUUCCAUCAAUACCAACGUAGAAGUGGCAGUCAGCGCAAUAACGACACCAGCCAUUUCUACCACCGAAACUACCGUUUCGGGAGAGGCGUCACUUGUCACCCUGCCUUCGUCUACGACAACAACAACAAGUAGUAUAACGAAUGCGGAUCGCGAUUACGUCGCGAUGGAAGCGAAACCGCAACUCGCUCCGAUAACUAUGAUGAAAAAGGCGUCCGCUAUUGGAGGGAAACCGGUUGCUAUAGUCAAAACGAACGCCACGCAAAGUCUCCUGCAGUCGAAUCAACACAAUUUUCCGCAUCACCAAAUCCAGGUGUCUACAUCCGCCGGUCUGCAAACCAUUCGUCUGGCCGGGCAUUCCGUAUUGCAAUCUGCGCAACAACCCAUCUCAGCCAGUAGUAGUCCUAGUGUAACGAACGGGACUACGAAUCUGACGACAAUAUUACCCUGUACAAAAAUGCAAAGUCAGCAACAACAGCCGACUGUAGUCACGAAUCAAGCAGGGAAGAGUAUUUUACAAAGUACUAACAUGAAGCAGCAACAACAACAACAACAGCAGCAGCAGCAAUCGCAGCAACAACAAUCGCACGUAUUACCAGGCAAAACUCUCUUAGCAUCACAGAUUAAAUUAGUCAGUUCGAGUCAAAUUAAAUCAUUACUUACGGGUCAUAGUCUGCAGGGUCAAACUAUAUUUAUCAAACAGUCUUCAUCGUCAAACAAUCAAUCGCAGCAACAAUUACAACAGCAACAGCAACAACAGCUAAAGCAACAACAGCAGCAGCAACUUCAACAACAGCGAGCUGUAGCUAGUCAACAGCAGCCUAUGCAGCAAACUCCGGGAAUGCAACGUAUAAUCGCACAAAUUGGAGGAAAACCAAUUGCCGUACAAAUACAGCAAUCGCCCCAUCAACAACAGCAGCAGCAGCAAAAGAUACUGGCGAAAGUUUUAACAAACAGCAGCGGAGGACAGAUUAUCUCCGUCGAAAGUCUGCUCACUCAGAAAGGAUUGAAAUUAGCUACUACUGGUCAUGCGAAUCAACUUAAUAGGCAGAACAAACAAGUUAUUCAAGCUCAAUACCAAGUGGUAUCACAAGCGCAAGCAUCUUCUAGUCAAUCAAAAAUAAUAACAGUCAGUACUCAGCAUCAGCAACAACAGCCACAGCAGACUCAGACUCUUCGAAUGGUCACUCAACUCGCGGGAAAACCCAUCGUAUUAGCCAGCGGAAACAAGAACGUCGGUGUCGCGGUAAGCACCAGCGGUGGGAACGUAGUGUUAGGGAAGCAAUCGACUUCUCAGCAGCCGCAACAGCAGCAGCAGCAACAACAGCAACAAGCACAACAGCCGAUUAUAUUGCCCAGUCAGUUGCUUAAUAUCAAGACGCUGCACGGGCUGAAAGUAAUUCCUACUCCGAGCGGGCUAAAAGCCACGAGCGGUGCCGUGUACGCGCGAGUCAUCGCUCCUACGACGAUAGCAUCCACGCAAGCCAUGCAACCGAAUCAGCAACAGACGACUCUUCAAACGCAAUCGCCGAGGAAUACUUCGUACAACACACCUUGAUAGGAUUGAUAUUCGUGUAUGUUCAUGCUUAAUAUAACUAGUGUUUUUUUUAACGUUAUGCAGUUAUAUAAUAUAUUUUAAAUUGAGAAUACUUUAAGGAUCCUUGAUCCUCGCCGACCAUGCCGGAAUCGUGACAGAAGUGAGAAAAUACACGUGCAACAUUUUUGCGUGCUCCAUUUUUAGAUAUUUCAAUAACACAUUACAAAAUUCUUUGGCACACUUGUAAAAUUGUCAAAAAAUUAAGCUUUUCCCUUUAUAAUCAAUCAACAGCUGUAAAAUUACUGUAAUAUGAGAUGAAAAGGAAAAGGAAAGUGUUUUUGGACAAUUUUAAGUAUGCCAAAGAAUUUUAUAGUUUCAUUGAAAUAUCUAUUUAUCUAAAAAUGGCAUGCAAAAAUUUUCGACGUGUAUUUUCUUCAUAGAUAUAUCACAUAUAAUACAUGUAAUAGAUAUUACAUGUAAUUAACAUUAACAUUACAUGUAAUUAUGUACAUAUAUUACAUGUAAAUAUAUCUAUGAUUUUCUCGCUUCUAACGUCACAAUUCAACAUGGUCGCGGCGAGGAUCAAGGAACCUUAAGACUUCUGGGUCCUCACCAUGUUAGAUUAUGAUGUUAGAGAAAACACGUUGAAAAUUCUUAGACGUCAUUUUUUAAUUCUUUGACGUUUUAAUUCUUAGACGUCACAUUUCUAUAAAACACUAUUUCAGCUUUAAGUAGCUGUAAUGUGGCAAAAAGAACUGGACGGACUAGGCCUCAUAUAGUAAUUUUGCAGCUGUUGAUUGGUUAUAAAGGGAAAAGGAUAAUUUUCGAGUUAAUUUAAGUGUUAAAGUCAUUAAGAAUUUUUAGCGUACGUUUUCUCGCCUCUGAUGUCACAAUUCCUACAUGGUCGGCGAGGAGCCAGAAGCUCAUUAUAUACAUAUAUUUCAGUAAAUAUACUAUUGCACGAUCACAUUGCACUUUAGUUUCAUAAUUAUACUAAUAUAAUGUCUAUAAGAUUGAACAUAAAAAAAUAUAUAAUAAAGAUAUAUAUCAAUAUAAAUAUGUCUAGAGAGUGAUCUUAUGACGUUAGAAGCAACAAAAUUCAUGAAAACAAUUUAACAGAAUUUUCAGAUUCAUUAAACUCGUAAAAAUAUUACGUUUCUUUUAUAUUUAUCUUAUCUAUGUUUAUAAUGGAAAUAU